GGUCACAUGGUAGCAUAACAGUUUGAGUCGAGAGCUCUAAUCGAAACAGUCAUCCAAUUAAUCUCUCUGGCAGAGGAUAACUUUCUGCUCCUUGCUAUCGUUUCCUUCAAGAAAAUACAUAUUUUGUAUGCUAUAGAUAUACAUGGGCUUAGGCCUGUCUUUAGCCUACAGAAAAAACAACUUCAGACGGACAGCUUUUUGGAGCGCUCUACGGAAAGAAAAAGAUACGGAAUUCCGAACGUUCGAUUCAUUCUGAAGCGAAACAAUUGGCUACAAUCUUUGGUUUGAUUCGGGGCGUUUAAAAAAACCCCGAAUACAUUUGAAUUUAUGUGAUUAGUUUUGACAUAUGGUUGUAGUCAAAUAUCACGGUGCGAAAUCAGUCUGAUUGGCAACAGCUGUUGCGCUAUAGAUGUAAUCUGCGGAACGAGUAGGCCUAAAUGCGUUUGCCGACUAUUUUCUGAACGCUUCAAUUAAUUGAUCAUAGUAUCAACCAGCGACCGAAAAAGUUGCCGAAAACAAGCUAACACGUCAUCAGACUUCAGGUUGCUAGAAGGGGAUUUCAUUCAGAGGACAUGGAAUCUACAAAAGCAGGGGGUGUAAUAGCCUACAUCAGCUCCUCUAGCCCUGAGUCAUGUCAUAGUGACUCAAAUGACUGCAGCUAUAACUCCUCCCACAGCUGUCGCCAGUACAACGUGUUGAACAAGACCCUAAACAUGGCAGGCCUCACCCUCCCGCUGGCCCACACUAUCGCAAAGACCGGACGCUCGGUCUCCACUGCAAAAUGCGACAUUACUAAAAUCAACGGCCUGAUGCUGCUGUGUAAGGUGUGCGGCGACAUUGCAUCUGGAUUCCACUAUGGGGUUCAUGCCUGUGAGGGCUGCAAGGGUUUCUUCCGUCGGAGCAUCCAGCAGAACAUCCAGCAGAACAUCCAGUAUAAGAAGUGCCUGAAGAACGAGAGCUGUGCCAUCAUGAGGAUCAACAGGAACCGCUGCCAGCAGUGUCGCUUCAAGAAGUGUCUGCUUGUCGGCAUGUCCAAGGACUCUGUGCGUUUCGGCCGCAUCCCAAAGCGUGAGAAGCAGCGCAUGCUGCUAGAGAUGCAGAGUGCUGUGAACAACAUGACGAACAACAGCCAGCUACACAGCCAGGUCCACUGCAACACACCCUUCCCCGUGGCCAAUCCGCUUCAGUCGCCAGCCUGCCCCGUGGAGCCCCGCCCCCAAUAUGUUGAUUCUGGCCUAGGCUCCGUCCCCUCCACCUCUCCCGCCGCUUCCCCCAUGUCCAACCAAUCUGAGGAGACCAGCUCAAACCGCGAGCCUGCGGUCACCAAGAAUAAAAGCCCCAGCCCUAACUCUGUGUCUCCAUCGAUUGCUUCAGACUGCGGGUCAGAGGAGGUGAUUGGCUCGGUGACCCGGGCCCACCAGGAGACCUUAAUUUACAACCAGGAGCAAGGUAGCCCCUCCCCCCAGUCCCAGGCCUACGCCCAGCUGACCUCUCCUGGGGCGGAGCAACAUGUCAGUGACACUGGAAAUUGGCUAGACGAGAGGAACCGGAACCAACAGGAGGACGGGAACCAGCAGAUUAAGAACCAGAACCACCAAAAUAACCUGGCCUCAUUCAGAGCCGCUCAGGCCCAUUACCAGGCUCAAGAGAGGCCCACCAACACUGGGCCUCAGGGUACUGACAGCCACCAUUGCCAGGAGGACCACACCACCAGCCUUAGCGAGAACUACUGCCCCUACAGCAGGGACAGACUGCCCACCUGCUCCCCUAGUGGCCACUGCCCAUCCUACGCCCAACAUGGCCUGAGAGGAGGCAACAACAGCACUAGCCAGGCCAAUUCCAAUUCCCAUGGAGGAUUCAGUGGACUACUGUGGAACAGGGGCAACCGGAUGCAUCUGCUGUGUCCCAUGAACACAUCUCCCCAUGUGAACCCCCAUAAUUCAGGCCAUGGGAUCUGGGAGGAGUUCAGCCACAGUUUCACCCCAGCUGUCAGGGAGGUGGUGGAAUUUGCCAAGCGGAUCCCAGGCUUUAGAGACCUCUCCCAACAUGACCAGGUCAGCCUGCUCAAGGCUGGUACCUUUGAGGUGCUAGUGGUUCGCUUUGUGUCCCUGUUUGACGUGAAAGACCGCAUAGUGACGUUUCUGGGUGGUAACAAGUACAGCGUGGAGAUGUUACAAGCCAUGGGCGCCGGCGACUUCCUGACCUCCAUGAUGGACUUCAGCGACAAGCUGAUGGGGCUCAGCCUCAGCGAGGAGGAAAUGAGCCUGUUCACCGCUGUCGUCCUCAUCUCUGCCGAUCGCUCAGGGAUUGAGAACGUAAACUCUGUGGAGGCUCUUCAGGAGACUCUGAUCCGGCACCUGAGGGGCCUCAUCACUAAGAACCACCCUAACGAGUCGGCCAUAUUCACAAAGCUGCUCCUCAGACUGCCCGACCUCCGCUCCCUCAAUAACAUGCACUCUGAGCAGCUGCUGGCCUUCAAGGUCCAUCCCUAGACCAGAACUAAGGUCAGAACCUGGGGUGUAUUCAUUAGGCACCAAAUGGAAGAACAUUUACUGAAAUGGGGAGGUACUACCUGAACUUGUCCAAUAAGAAAUGCUUGUCGUUGUCGUCGUCCCACCCCCCAUUGCAAAACCUUUUGCUAAGGUGUACCCUAAUGAAUAUGACCAUGGACACUGGGCCUGAGGACCACAAAGCCAAUUUAUCCACCCACCCUGACACACCUCGACCAGCUAUCCCAAUGAACUAUGAACCCUGACCUCCCAAGAGAACCCUCUUAUUCUGCCACUCACUUCACGUCAUCUUUUUCCGUCACAAAGAAGUUGAACUCGUGGGCAAAUGUGUCACGGUUACAGGGGAGGGAGGCUUAAGACUUAAGUUAUUGUACUGUGAGGCUAAAAGCCUUUAUUGUUGAAGUAAUAACCAUGAACGUAAACGUUCAGACUCAAGCAGAAGAUGAAUGUGUAAUGUUUCUUUGUCUUGUUUCUGUGUGUGCAGGACACGUUUGCGACUGUACAACUCUUCUUAGAGAAUAACCUUUUAUUAACAUUGUGUAAUGUGCAUUUUUGCAUAAUUUGUGCAAUAUGAUAUGUGACUGACUAUUUAGACUUUUUGUUUAGCUUUUCUACAGCAGGCUCCCUAACCCUGUUCCCGAAGAGCUAACCUCAUGUAGGUUUUUAUUAAUUGAACCUUUAUUUAACUAGUCAAGCCAGUUAAGAACGAAUUCUUAUUUACAAUGACGGCCUACACCGGCCAAACCUGGACGACGCUGGGCCAAUUGUGCGCCGCCCUAUGGGACUCCCAAUCCCGGCUGGUUGUGAUAUAGCCUGGAUUCGAUCCAGCGUGUCUGUAGUGAUGCCUCUAGCACUGAGAUGCAGUGCCUUAGACCGCUGCGCCACUCCAACCCUAUUCCUGGAGAGAUGCCCUCCUGUAGGUUUUCGCUCCAACCCUGUUCCCGGAGAGAUACCCUCCUGUAGGUUUUCGCUCCAACCCUUAUCUAGCACACUUGAUUCUAACAAUUAGCUGGUUGAUAAACUGAAUCAGGUUAGGUCCAACUGGGGUUGGUGUUAGAACCUACAGGAAGCUAGUUCUCCAAGAACAGGAUUAGAGAGCCCCGAUCUACACCUUGGGUGUAUGUCUGUGGUUUAUUUAAGCAGACUAAUCUUAAAGGAUGUUGUGCUUACUGCCUAAAGAGAUGGUGAUUCUAAAGGGGGUUAGGGCUAGUUAAACUCAACCCCUCUAGUUCAAAGUAAACUGACAAUGAAUGACCACAGAGAAGUGUUAAGUCUCCUUUCUAAACUGUGUUGAGACAAGGGGAAUGUGGUAAAAGCAUAGGUAGACCUAUGUAAUCGGGGUAAACGCUGCUACUUCACAUCUGUCUCGGUGUGGCCUUAGCUAGUCACCUGAGGAAGAGCCUUGAAUGUCUUUAUUUGUUGUUCUUAGGAAUCUCUUAUUUCAUGCUUAGUUUGAGUUGAUGGUGCAGCAGUUGUAUGUGUGUAUAUCACAUACAGUUGGUGGCACCUUAAUUGGGGAGGAUGGCCAUGUGUUUGAUGCCAUUCCAUUCGCUCCCGUUCCGGACAUUAUUGUGAACUGUCCUCCCCUCAGCAACAACCUUUGGUGUAUAUGUUUUACACGCUAUAAUUUUCCAGAGGGGGUUAUGUUGUAAAUCAUGAAAUGUUCUUGUAGGUAAUGAUGUUGGGUUAUGAACUAACUGAAGUCCAUCAUUGACAGACUUGUUCCCGUCACUUAAUCAUUAUAGUGUAUUGUGAUAGACCUCCCAUUUGAAGAAUAGGGGAGCAAACAGACAUGAAGUCAAAUACAUGGAGGUUAUUCAAACUGCCAAAGGUUAACGUUGCUAACCAGUAUAACCUAUCAACACAUCUCCACUUGGAGACAUGAGUUAUUUCCAUGUCAAAAGGAGACAUUUCAUAUUUUACACUUGUUGUACCCAUUUUAUAUUUUACACUUGUUGUACCCAUUUCAUAUUUUACACUUGUUGUACCCAUUUCAUAUUUUACACUUGUUGUACCCAUUUCAUAUUUUACACUUGUACCCAUUUCAUAUUUUUCAUUUUGGUGCAAAUUGUUCAAUCAAAACAUGCGGUUUGAUUUUACAGGUGAAAACUGUACUUUGAUUGCUAAUUAUGCAUUUAAUUUGUUUACUGUAAAAAUGUUUUGUGCGCACUUACUUUAUCGUGUCUUCGAAGCCCAUUCAGGCUGGGCACCAACUGGUGUAAGACUUUGAUUUGUUUUUCUUUCUAUCAUUACACAAACACAUGGAGGCUAUGCAGACUUGUGUCAUGUUGCUGUAGGGUCGGUGGUUGUGAGAAGGGAGAGAAACAUUGUAGGAAUGUUUUUGUCAUUCAGUUGGACUCUUAUACAUACCACUGUCUCAAAUGUUUCAACAGAGGACCACUAAACCUGAAUAGAUUGAUGCUUUUGUCCUCUACCAUAAUUUUUUAAAUCUGUACACACAGACUACAGAUAUAGCCAUAAUGUAAUGUACAUAGGUGGAUUCUACUCAAAUACAGUAUGUGAAAGAUUAUUGGAAUCUGUGUGGGUAGCUGGACAGGUAGGAUGACUGACGGUGAAGGUGAACAGGUGACAGAGGAAUGGAUGAGACUGAGGCAGGAAUUCCUUUAACCAUAAAGUGGUAUAUUUACUGAGUAGUGUGGAUUCAUGGACGCAUAGAACUUCUGGAUGAGAUGGGAGUUAAGGAAGAGAAAGCAGCGAGAUCAGGCGAUGGCCAUUUCCUCCUUUUAUGGAGUUGAGAUCUGUCGGACAUUUCCACCUGACCUAAUUAAAGCGCCCCUGGCCCAGCUGAGUAAAUGGCAAUGAAUUAAAGGAUUAUUCCACCAACUCCAUGGGCCUUUUCUACAGUAUGAUUGUAAAUAACAGCAAGUCUGCACGGCCUGUAAUCAAUUGACUUGCAGGAAUUCCCGUUAUUAGGUUGAUUGAUUUCAGACCGCUAAUUUCUCUUCUACCAACUCGCCUGCUCUUCAUCUUCAGUGCUUCUGUUCUGUCAAUCAUGUGUGCAUCAUUUCAUCGCUGACCUGCCCUGUGGUCUGUCAGUCUGUUUUCUCCUCUCUGAAAGCAUUGCCAUAUAUAUAAAUAAAUAAAAUGAUUAUCUGUA